AUGAAGAUAUUUAUCUAUUUAAUUCUGUGUCUUAGCAUAUUUGCUAGUCAUGAUGAAGCAGCAAGAAUUUUGGCAGUGUUUCCGAACCCUUCAAUCAGCCAUCAAGUGGUGUUCAGACCUUUAACACAAGAACUAGCUAAAAGAGGCCAUGAAGUUACUGUCAUCACAACGGAUCCAGUCUUUCCUGAAGGCAAGGCGCCAGCGAAUUUAACAGAAAUCGAUGUCCAUGAUAUUUCUUACGAUAUAUGGAAGAAAAUAUUCCUGGCAUCAACUAAAGGAAACAAAGAUGAUGUUUUCAUGGCCAUGAGUGCUAUAGUUAAUGCAUUAACAGCAGUAGUAGACGUUCAACUAAAAGAUGAAAGAGUGCAAAAUUUGAUUCGUGAUAAAGGCAAACAGUUUGAUCUCCUACUCUUGGAAGCUUGUGUAAGACCAGCCUUAGUAUUUUCUCAUAUUUACAAAAUACCAGUGAUUCAAAUAAGUUCAUUUAUGGCUACGUUUGACAACUACGCUAAUAUUGGUGCGCCGAUACAUCCAUUCCUGUAUCCAGCAUUGACAAGACAGAGGCUGCAGAAUCUGACUAUGAUUGAGAAAAUCAAGGAAUUUUAUAACGAUUUUAUGCUUAAUAGAUUAUACGCUAAUAACAUGGAGAAAGAGAAUGAAAUGCUUCGUUCACAUUUUAAAGACAUUCCUCCAAUUUCUGAAUUGAAUAAUAACGUGGACAUGCUGUUUCUUAAUGUGAAUCCAAUGUUUGAAGGGAUACGACCAGUGCCUCCAUCUGUUGUGUAUUUGGGAGGUUUACAUCAAGUACCUCAUAAGCCGUUGCCAAAGGAUCUCCAAACCUAUAUGGAUUCCUCUAAAAAUGGAGUGAUCUACGUAAGCUUUGGCACAAACGUGGAUCCAACUAAACUACCAGCUGACAGGAUUGAAGUUCUCGUGAAGACACUGUCUCAGUUACCUUACGAUAUUCUAUGGAAAUGGAAUGGUGAUGUUCUGCCUGGACGCACGGAUAAUAUUAGGAUCGCAAAAUGGCUGCCACAACCAGACAUUCUCAUUCAUCCAAAACUAAAGUUGUUCAUCACUCAAGCUGGUCUGCAGUCUACAGAUGAGGCCAUAACAGCUGGAGUGCCUCUAGUUGCCAUACCUAUGUUUGGAGACCAAUUUUUCAAUGCUGAGAGAUAUGAAAACUUCAAGAUCGGCAAAAGACUGUCCAUGGACAGUCUGACUGUGGGAGAAUUUACUAAUGCUAUCAACACUGUUAUUAACGAUGAAAGUUACCGAGAGAACAUUGUAAAAUUGCGCACCCUGAUACAAGAUGAACCAAUGUCGCCUCUAGAGCGCGCUGUAUGGUGGACGGAGCACGUGCUGCGUCACGGCGGCGCGAGAUAUCUGCGUGGACCUGCAGCUAACAUGUCGUGGGCAGAGUACCUCGAACUAGAAUUAGUGUUCACCUUACUAUUAGGAGUAUUAGCAAUAAUUUCAGUAUUAUUUUUAAUACUUAGGUCUUUGUACAAAAUUGUUUUUGGUAGUACUGUGACCAGUAAACCUAAAAAAGCGAAACGUAGUUAA